AUGAACAUCGAGGAGCAGAUUGCGGCAGCCAUCGAAGCUGAUGGCGUUGCAUCCGAUGGCGUGAAAGAGGUAUUGCGUUCUCAUUCACUCCUUUCCAUCUGUGAAAGCAUGCGAGAGCACUUGUGCACCCCAGAGAAGGUGCAGCCGGCAAUGCGGUUGCUCGCAUCUGUGGCUGCAGGUCGGGCUGACUUCAGCAAGGCCGAGGUUCGGCUUCUCUUUGCAUUUUUUGCGGAGAAACUGGCACAGCACGAGUUCCAGACAACGACCCUGAGUUUGCUUGCGCUGCUCAUUUCUGACAUGAUGGAUCAAUAUGCGUGCGAUGAGGAGCUAUUCAACAUUGUCGGCGCCCCCUUUACACAGCACGUGCGCGUUCAGCAGCUACCACUAAACACCCGCAAGCAGUGCUUUUGCAUCAUGUCCUUUCUCUUCACAGAGAAUACUGUGGGUCUCUGCGAUGGCAACACCCUAGCGGCGCUGCUUGAGCUCAUCGAUGGCGAGAGUGACCCUGAGCUCGUGUUGCUGACCUUUGACUUGCACAUGGUGGCGGCAACGCGCUCCGCAAGAGAGGCCUUCGCCACUGUUGUUGACGACUACUUUGAGAGCGUUUCCAGCUAUUUCCCUGUAGUGUUCGUGCAGCCGCCAGGCUGCAAGGUAACCAAGACAGAUUUGCGUAUGCGCCUGAAGCGGUGCCUCUGCCUCGCUGUCUACAAGGAACUCUGCAUCCCGUUCAUGCAGAGCAAGCUCGCCUCCCCGUCCACCACUGUCAAGGAGGACGUACUCGAUGUGCUGCUCACUUGCUUUGACACGUACCACUCGCAGGAUAUGGUGCCGCAUUACCGGUCGCUCGUGCUUCACAUGAAGAGCGAAGUGAUCAAGCUGUCCUCCUUUGCCGACCGUGCACCGAACGUGUCGUUGACGAGGUGCCUCCUCAUGUGCUGUGAAGUUCUCGGUCGUGUUAGCAAGCAGUGCAAUGUCAAAACUCAGCCGGAGGCGCUGGAUAUCUUUGGGCCCGUGGUGGAGGGUUUUUUGGCCUCACUUACCGCCGACCCGUUCAUCUGCUCUGCCUAUGCAACAAUGGUGGUCCACAUCCUCACCGGAGCGUGGGAUUGCUGCCUCUUUAUCUCCUCAUACCUCUUCUCGAUGCUCGCGAUGUCCAUCGAGGGGACGGAGCGCCCAACCAGCGCGUUUAUUCUACUCGCCGCUCUUGCCAGCGGCAUGCUCGACGGCUUGAAUACGUUUCCGGGCGAAACCCACAGAGAGCAACUCCGCCGUAGCAUCGAGAGAACCACGCCACUGGUUGUGGAGGCAAUGACCGGCUACUCGAAGAGUUGGCGGACCGCUGGGGACGAGACCUGCAGUGACGACUUUGCUCUCAUGUGCGGCUGUGAGUUCCUGGUUUCUGUACUGAAACUCUCUGCCGCUAUAGAGCCUUGGAUGCCGGCAGAGGUGUCGUCCGACGGUGUUGACACCCUUGUGUGGGUGGCACUUCAUAACACUGCUGAGGUCUCCACAAAGGUGUGCAGACUUCUGCGCGAGUACGCUGCCGUGGAUGCGAUGCGGGUGCAGGAAGCACUGGCGCGCCUUCUUUGCAACCCAUUAGCACCACCCGAGAAGGCGCUCGCUAUUGUGUGUGAACUGGCGAGUACCUCGCUGACAGCGCUGCUCCUCGUAUUUGACGAUGGCUUCUUGUCAGCCAAGUACGAGUGGAUGCGAAGAAUGGCAGCGGAGCAGCGGGCGGCAGCCUUGCAAAAGGCACUGCAGCACCUCGGGUGCGCGCUAAAGGAUGACGCCGCUGAUCACAUGAUGACGGCGCUGGGCCGCAAUGACGUGCCGCCUGAGUUCUUUGAGUGCGCAUGUCUUGUGGCUGCUAAUUUGAGCGUCGAUACGUGUGGACAGCUGCUGUCCACAGUGGGAUCUCUCUCCUUACUUGGAAUUGCGGCGGUAGUGAGCAGUCGUACAGAUGUGCACUGCAUGCAGUACAACUGGGCAAUCACGGCGGAACAGUUUGCUGGUCUCAUCGCUGCAGACCACCAAGCGUGGCGCCGAGUAGGGAUGGAGGGUGUUACGGGGAUGCUUAUCAACCAGGUUUUCCCAGAGGACACACCAGCAUUGCUCACUCGCAUGUUGACAAGGGGACACCUCAAUGUGGCAGUUGCCAUUCUGUGGGGCAAAAUGUUAGCAGGCCGCGCCGGUAGUGACGAGGUGGUCUCUUCCUUCCUGUAUGAGCACCUAGGGGCAGCGACCCCUGCCUCGUGUUGCGAGAGCGCAGCGGUGGAGGAGGCCUUCUCGUAUGUACCGUUCUUGGCCGCUCGUACAGCUGAGCGCCCCUCCGUCUUGCAGUUGCUCUUGGGGUGUGACAUGAGCCAUUCGGUGCAGCCUAACCAUGCGUUGUGUUUAGCUCUUCAGUGCCUCGUUGAGAAGGAGACAGAAGUGCGGGUACAAGCGUGUCUCGUAGACCUUCUGGAAGUAGUGCGCAAACUAACCAGCGGUAGCUCAAACAACGAGCAUGCGCUGGCUCGCGCACUGCUGUGCAGCGUUGACACUAAGUGCAGCGACAGCGUUAUUUUGGCUCGCUCUGUGUUAUUCAACGAGUCAAGUGUACGAGCGCUGCUUGAGGGCACCAAAGAUGAGGCGCUUACCGUGCGGUGCCGAAGCUUGCACCUUAUCACGUCUCUCGCCCGUGGCGCCUCGUUGUUGAUGGGGAAUUGCUCACAAGAAGAGAAGACCGAGCUGGCACGCGCGCGUGACCACAUCCUGCUUGCCACGAAGCAGUCUCUGGGCGAUCACAAGCGAAGGGUUCGCCAGGCGUCGGCGGCGUGCCGGCACGAAUGGUUCAAGGUGAAGUAA